AUUAUAAAAAAAAAAAGCAAAUCUUUUUGUUUUUCUAAUUUCCCUCUUACAAAUCGGGUUCUGUUUUUGAGCUGUGAUCCGAGAUUUCAUUUCUUCACAACUUCAGAAAAUUUCUGGGUUCUCUCUCUCUCGAUCGAACUUUGAAUCUUUUUUUUUUUCGGUCAACAAUUUUUUGGGGAAGAUUCUUCCUUUUGUCUCCGGCAAUGGCGAAGAGCGUAGGAAUUUUGGCUAUGGACAUCUAUUUCCCUCCGACCUGCAUUCAACAGGAAGCACUGGAAGCUCAUGAUGGAGCAAGCAAAGGUAAAUACACCAUUGGACUUGGACAAGAUUGCAUGGCUUUUUGCACCGAGCUCGAAGAUGUGAUCUCCAUGAGUUUCAAUGUAGUGACUUCCCUUCUUGAGAAAUAUAAGAUCGACCCGAGUCAAAUUGGACGCCUUGAAGUGGGAAGUGAGACUGUAAUAGACAAGAGCAAGUCCAUAAAGACAUUCUUGAUGCAAAUCUUUGAGAAAUGUGGAAAUACGGAUGUUGAAGGUGUUGACUCGACCAAUGCUUGCUAUGGUGGAACUGCAGCUUUGUUCAACUGCGUCAACUGGGUGGAGAGUAACUCAUGGGAUGGACGUUAUGGUCUUGUCGUUUGUACUGAUAGUGCGGUUUACGCUGAAGGACCAGCAAGACCUACUGGAGGAGCAGCCGCAAUUGCUAUGUUGAUAGGUCCCGAUGCUCCUAUUGUCUUCGAAAGCAAAUUGAGGGGAAGCCAUAUGGCUCAUGCCUAUGACUUUUACAAGCCCAAUCUUGCUAGUGAAUACCCGGUUGUUGAUGGAAAGCUUUCUCAAACUUGCUACCUUAUGGCCCUUGACUCUUGCUAUAAACAUUACUGUAACAAGUACCAGAAACUUGAAGGCAAAGAAUUCUCAAUCUUAGAUGGCGAUUUCUUUGUUUUCCACUCUCCUUACAACAAGCUUGUACAGAAAAGCUUUGCCCGUCUCUUAUACAAUGACUUCUUGAGAAAUGCAAGCUCUGUCGAGGAGGCUGUAAAAGAAAAGUUCUCCCCAUACUCAUCUUUGUCCCUUGACGAGAGUUACCAAAACCGUGAUCUUGAAAAGGUGUCACAACUACUCGCAAAGCCAUUGUAUGAUGCUAAGGUACAACCAACAACUCUGAUCCCGAAGCAAGUCGGGAAUAUGUACACAGCAUCUCUCUACGCUGCAUUUGCUUCCCUCAUUCACAAUAAACACAAGGAAUUGGCUGGGAAGCGGGUCAUGAUGUUUUCAUACGGAAGUGGUCUAACUUCGACAAUGUUCUCCUUGCGCAUGUGCGAUAGCAGCCACCCUCCCUUCAGCCUUUCAGACAUCGCAUCUGUGAUGGAUGUUGCUGAGAAACUGAAGUCGAGACACGAGUUCACGCCAGAGAGAUUCGUGGAAACAAUGAAGGUGAUGGAACACAGGUACGGUGGAAAGGACUUUGUCACGAACAAGGGAGGAGUGAUUGAUCUAUUGGCCCCUGGAACGUAUUACCUGAAGGAGGUCGACUCUCUCUACCGUAGGUUUUACGGCAAGAAAGACGCUGACUGCAAUGGUGGCUCCCUCGCAAACGGCCACUGAGAAGUGAGAAAUUUUUUUAAAAAAAGUUUUUUUUUUAUUAAUUUCCCUAUUUCUUUUAUGUUUCUCAGAUUCUUUAGUCUGAUUUCGUGAUGAGAGUUUGAUAACGCUUACACUUAGAAUUUUUACAUUUUAAUGUUUCGUUUUUUCUAGAAUGUGUUUUAAAAUGUUCCAUAUGGCAUAAUGGUACUGAUUUGAUUUGU